AUGCUCGUCUUGACCCCAGUCUCUGCGUUCUCGUCAGGCUUUUACCCCUACCCGGUCGUCAGCCCCGUCUCCAUCCAGAACGACUACCUCGAGGCCGUCGCACAAGCUCGCGCCGAGGCGGUCCGCCGUCACAGGCAGCAAGAGCUCCGGCGCAAGCAGAUUGAGGAGCAGCAUCGCCAGGCCGCCUUCGAGGCCGUGUACCAGCAGCAGGUCCUCCGUGAGCGCCAGCGCCGCCUUGCGAUUGCCCGGCAGUGCGAGGAGGCGUACGUCCGUGCUCUCAUCGAGGCUCAAGAACGUGAGCGCGCUGAGCAGCUGACAAUGCGCAGGGCCAGGGAACAGCAGCUCCUCUCUGCGGUCGCUGCUCUCGGGUCCAUGCUCGACUUUACUGCCGAAGCUGGCGAACCGACGAGGCUUGCACCACAGAUGCCCCGUGCAUCCUCUCAGACAUCGACUUCCCAAGUCCGUCGUGCACCCUCGCCUGUUUCGUCAGCUCGGGAGCGACUCCAGCAGCGUCUCGAGCGCGAGUCCGAUCCCGACGUUCGUGAUGCAGUCGAAGGUCUCCUGUCCGUCUUCCCUACGAUCCCGCCUGUAGACCGCAAGGGCAAAGGCAAGGCCCGUGAAGUCCCAAUGCAGGCCCCUUUCGCGUCGUCUUCGACUCAAGUCCCCGUCUUAUCUUCGACCGCGCCGGCACAGACGACGACGACGACGUCCCAGCCCGCCUCCGGGCCGUCGCUGAAGGACGCGCUGCGGCAGCGCAUGCACAACGAAGCAGACCCCGAGAUCAAGGAGUCGCUCAACAGCUUGUUCACGAAGCUCUAUGGUACUCCGAAGGUCACACCUACCGAGAGUGCCGCUCCCAGUUCGAGUACUACCACCAAGCACGUCCCAGUCCAAGAACAAGCGGCGAGUGAGAAGAUCCAGGACACGGCCGCUACCACCGAUGCACCUAUCCCCGGAGCACCCCUAGAAGACGGUGCCGGCCUCCACCGUCAGCCCGCGCUCCCGCCCGCCGUCGCGGCCAAGAUCCUCUCGCUCCACCGCUCGCGGCGCGCCCGGCGCACCUCGCUCGGGGCCAUCAAGGAGAUCGAGGAUGCUCUGCACACGCUCCAGGCGUCCUUCGUCUUCCCCGCCCAGCUCGACUUUUCCCCGUCCCCGGUCUCGUCCCCGUCCGCCGACUCGCGUGAGGGGGAGAACACGCUGAUGUACACGUCGAACAACCGCGCGGUGCAUUCGUACGAGCACGCGCUGAGCGGCCUGCUCGAGCGCCUCGACGCGGUGGACAGCCGCGGCGACCUCGAGGUGCGCGGCCGCAGGAAGGAGGUUGUGAAGGAGGUGGAGCGCGCGUUGAGAGACGUUGAGAGGAAGGUGGAGGAGAGGAGCAGGGAGCGGGAGCGGGAGGGUGCGAGGACGCCGAUGGCCGAGCAGCCCGUUGGGCCUCAGCAGCCCGUCGCGGAGCCCUCGCAAGUCGACGCUGCACCCGCUAUCGACACCGUCCCGCAUGCUGUUGACCCGACCGUUGCUCCCCAAGACGUUCCCCAACCCACCGAGUCUCUCCCAACCCCCGACGAAUCAGCUGCCGAAAACGUCCCCGCUCCUGGUACCCUGGACGCUUCUGCAUCCGAACCGUCAGCACCCCAACCAUCUGCCGCCGACCUCUCCUACGCUGCACCUACGCUAGACAUCCUGGUCGCUUCUGUCCUGCCUUCACCCUCUGCCCUUUCACCGUCGCCAACGCCGGUCGAAUCCACGCCGGAAGUCCAUGCUGAAGUCACGUCGCAGUCGGAGACCGAGCAACCCGCGCAGGACGCGCAACCCGCACAGGACGCGCACCCUCUACAUGUACAGGAGGUCACCGAGAACGCUACGCUCCUGACCAACGACACCGCGUACGACAAGACCGAGACAUCUUCCCCCACCGGGUCCUCUUCCUCCGAGAACGACGCCUUCCUCCUCUCGUCGCAUCCUCUCCAAGACCCGCCGCGCAAGUCGAUGCCGCAGGAGCAGGAGCACGACGAGCCGGAGAUCGUGACGCUCGCCGAGGCUGAGGCGGACAACAGCGGCUCGGGCUCGGAGUGGUCUGAGGUCGAGGCAUGA